AUGUUAAGGCAGUAUGUUCGUGUUUGUAAUAUAUCGCCGUAUAAUAUCUUCCUACUUAGAAAUAAAAGUAGUCUAGAAUUAUGGGACAGCAAUAUAUCAACAGAAAUAAAAUUAGAAAUAGAAAAGCAUUGGAAUUCUACUGUUCAACAAAAUGAAAAUAAAGGAGAUAAAAAUGUUUAUAUUCUCCCUAUGUUUCCAUACCCCUCAGGUAAUUUACACAUGGGACAUGUAAGGGUUUACUCCAUUUCUGAUACUAUUGCCAGGUUUCAUAAGCUAAAUGGUUUUAAUGUAAUACAUCCCAUUGGUUGGGAUGCAUUUGGUUUACCUGCUGAAAAUGCUGCUUUGGAAAGAAAUGUCAAACCUCACAUUUGGACAAAGAGUAACAUUGAUUCAAUGAAAAAGCAACUCAUUGAACUAGGAUAUAAUUUUGACUUGGAUAGAGAGUUAUCCACAUGUGAUCCAAGCUAUUAUAAAUGGACUCAGUAUAUAUUCUUAAAAUUAUUUGAAAGAGGUUUAGCAUAUCAAAACGAGGCUAUUGUUAACUGGGAUCCAAUUGACAAGACAGUUUUAGCAGAUGAACAAGUUGAUGAUAAUGGCUGUUCCUGGAGGUCAGGAGCUAAAGUACAAAAGAAGGUACUUACACAAUGGUUUAUUAAAACAACACAGUUUGCUAAAGAUCUUUAUGAUGGUCUGGAUGAAGAAUAUUUAGAAAAUUGGAGAGAUAUCAUAAAUUUACAAAAACAUUGGAUUGGUGACUGUGAUGGCUCUGUGGUUACAUUCCAAAUUAAAUUGAAUUCAGUAUUGAGACCUUUAGACAUUUGGACAGCAGACCCUUACAAAUUUUUACAUGCAGAAUAUGUAGUUAUAAACAGUAAUAAUGUCAUUUUAAAAGAUCUUACAGAAGAAGAACAGAUUAAUUUAAAAUGUUACAACCCCCUGACAAAUGGUGAAAUGAACGUAUAUAUUUAUGAUAAUAUAUCUUAUCCAGAGGGAAGAGAGAUAUAUUUAGCCUGUCCUACAAUGGACCCUAAAGAUAGAAAAAUAUCAGAACUAUUAAAUAUACCUUGCAAUCAGUACAAAACAAUUGAUAUUAAUAAAGAAAAUAAAAGAGCUAUUCAAAAAGCACAAGAGAAAAAUUGUGGUGGUUAUUUUGUUAGUUCAAAGUUAAGAGACUGGUUAAUAUCAAGGCAGAGAUAUUGGGGAACACCAAUACCUAUUAUUCAUUGUGAAAAAUGUGGAACAGUUCCUGUGCCAUAUACAGAUCUUCCAGUAGAAUUACCUCAACAUUCAUUUCAAGAAAAGAAUAUUUUUACACUUUCUAAAUUUGAGGACUGGUUGAAUUGUGAAUGCCCAAUAUGUAAAGGAAAAGGAUUGCGUGAAACUGAUACAAUGGACACAUUUGUAGAUUCUUCAUGGUAUUAUUAUAGAUUUUUGGACCCUUCAAAUAGAAAUGUGCCGUUUGAAAAAAGUGCAUUGAUUGGUAAAACCCCAGUUGAUUGUUAUAUUGGAGGCAAAGAACAUGCUGUUCUACAUUUAUACUAUGCACGUUUUAUGAGUUACUUUCUACAUUCACUUGGAUGGACUCCAACGAAGGAACCAUUCAAAAGGCUUCUGGUUCAAGGAAUGGUUAUGGGUCAAUCAUAUAAAGUUAAAUCUUCUGGUAAAUACAUUCCUAAAGAAGAUGUAGAAAAGACGGGCAAAGUAUAUAGAGAGAAAAGUUCAGGUGAAGCUGUUAGAGUACAGUGGGAGAAAAUGAGUAAAUCAAAACAUAAUGGUGAAAGUCCUUUAAGAUUACUAUCAACCUAUGGAUGUGACACAACACGUCUUCUCAUAUUAGCAGAUGUACCACCAGCCACUACUAGAAAUUGGUCUGAUGCAACUCUACCUGGUGUUUUGAAUUGGCAACAUAGACUUUGGAUAACUUUAAGGGAAUUCUUGACGAAUCGUCGUAACUCGGCCUUAAUAAAUAAUAAGAGCUUAUCACCUGAAGCAUUCAAUAAACUUGAGAGUAAAAUAUGUGAUGCAAGAAACUAUUUUACUGCAACAUCUACAUACCAUUUUAAAUAUACACAAAAAUUAAGUGUGGGAAUUUCACAGCUACAAAGUUUAACAAAUACCUUAAGAAACAAUGUGCCAGCGGAAAUUAUAGUGAAAAGCAAAGAGUUUGAAUUAGCAUUAGCAUCGUUAAUUAUAAUGCUGUCACCCAUUACACCACAUUUCUGUGCAGAACUCUGGGCAGGAUUAACCUCUGCUCCUAAUCGUAUAUCGAAUGACUCGGGACUAAUUGCUUGGGACAAAGAUAUAACAUGUCAGAGAUGGCCAAUUGUGGACGACCACUUUAAAUUAUCGUUACGGUGCAAAGUUGAUGGUGCACCUAUUUGUGAUCUGAAAAUUCUGGCCACAGAGUUACCUUACAUAACAAAAGAGAAGGCUUUAGAAAUGGUUAUGAAGGAGGAACCAGUAAAUAAAAGAUUAAGAAGGGAUAUUAAAAGGAUAAAAUACGAAUUAUAUCCAGAUUGUCGUGCAAUUCUUCAUAUUUUUACGAUACAAAAUGCAACAAAAAGUGAUAAAAUGGAGCAAGCUGGAUCUGCUGUUUAA